AUGGACUGCGCCGGUCACAGAACUCACGUGGCCGGCAUUGUUGCGAGCUCUUAUGAGGACUUGCCUGGCGUCGCACCUGAUGCCCGCUUGAGGAUCUACAAUGUCUUUGGGUGCGGCGGUAGCAGUAUGGAGGAUGUCAUCGCCCAAGGCUUCAUUCAGGCCUACGAGGAGGGCGCCGAUAUCAUAUCUGCCUCUCUUGGAUCGAAUGCUGGGCCCUUCUAUACUAGUAGUGCUGCGAACGGCUUUGGUGUGACGGCUGUGGGCAGCGUCGAACAUACCCAGACGGCUGCCUUCACGGUAAUUGCUAGAUCGAGCAACAAUGAGACACGCGAGAUUCUUUAUGUUAGCUCUGACACUGCGCAGUGGACGCUCAACGGCACAAAGCACGCCCGCUUCCUCAACCAGAACUACACCGGGCUUGACUCGUGCCAUAUCUGGGAGUUCCCCGGUAUUUCGUCAGAUAUUGUUCUCAUUCUGCCCCGAAGCACCUGCAUCUGCGAGUGCUGGCACGUCCUCGACUCCAACCUCUUCGGAACGAGCGUCAAGUGGGUAUUCUCCUACAGCUUUGAGGAUGCUGCCUGGGGGAUUCCCGAUCGAAGCGUCUACAACCCCGAGGAGCAGCUCCUUGGAUUUGGACUCAUCAGCCAAGAGGAUGGCAAAUGGCUUGUUCGGCAAAACGAACGGGGUCGCAAAGUGGACUUUGAUUUUGUAGCCAACGGUGGCAAGGCAGUUGGCAAUACCGGCGUCAACUCCGACCGCCUCAAGCCCGAGAUCUCAGCUCCCGGUGGUUCCAUUCUCUCCACGUAUCUGACCUCCGAGGGUGGGUGGGCUGUCCUCUCUGGGACCAGCAUGGCCACUCCAUAUCGGAUGGCGGCCGCUCCAACAUCGCCAACAAUGCCGGCGACUCGGCCCGCCGCCUCGUCACCUCAAGUGGCAAGCCAGUCGCUCAUCAUGAUGGAAGCGGCUCUCUGGCGUGCCGGCAUCGUCGACGCCUUCAAGGUCAUAACCUACAAGACAACCAUCACCCCCGCGAUGGAACGAGACCGUGGCAACAUUAUUCACGAAGCCGGCUCCACCAUCUGCACCAAACCAGAUUCUGACCCUGUGAUCGCGUUACCCCCGGUGCCCUAUUCCUCCAACGGGGCCGGACUGGCCACGGUCAAAUUCUCGACGACUACACUUGAUGUAGCUCCUGGUACGACUGGAAUUUUGACGGUGACUUUCACUGAACCUGCCGCCAUCGAUGCGAAGCUUUUCCCGAUCUAUGGGGGAUACAUCAACAUUAUUGGCUCUAACGACGAGUCUUUGCGGGUGACAUACGCUGGUCAUGUCUACGGCAGCAACAUUUGGGCCGACGAAUGGAUUGACCCCGUCGUUCAAAACCCUGACUUCGUGCUGAUCCAAGAGAAUGAUACCUUCAAGAUGACCAUCGAAGACACCUUCACCAUUGACUUUGAUAUUCUCUGGCCUACUCGCGAGUACAGCUUCGAUCUCGUCGACCCUUCCUGGGAGACCACUGACUGGUCGUACCCCUUUAUCCCAGGCCAAGACAAAUACAUUGGCUCCCUCCAACAUUGCAACCUCAUCUCGGACACUUACUUUGAUGCCCCCGUUCAACAGUACCCGCGCUUGCCGUCGAGCACGUGGUGGCCGAGCGGCAACUUCUCGCACGGUGGUGCGAUCGAGAGCGGCGAGUACAAGAUCCUGUCGAGGGCGCUCCGGACGUAUGGCGAUUACCACAACGUUAGCGACUGGCAGAUCAGGGUCUCGCCCAGGACCAUCGUCGACAAGGAUAAGGCUUGA